AUUUUUUUGUAAACAAAAAUAAUAAUCUAAACGGCAUGCAUCGCAGAAAAACCGCAAAGUCAAUAAAUAGACCACCCCCAAUUCAGGGCCCAGCAAAGAAGCCGGUGGCUGCGGCGUCGGCUGCAACGGCCCCGGCAUUUGACGGCGAGAGCGCCAUUCAAUUCGAGCUGGAGCUCUGCUGGUGUGUUCAACAGCUGCAGUUAGCUCUGGACGGCGGAAAACUGAGCCAAAAAGUUGCCGAAGAUACUGCCAAGAACCUUAAGAUUCUGACAAGCCAAACGGCGCCGCUCAUCAAGAAGCGUCAGGUAAUGAAGCUCUCCAUGGGGGAUUACCGAUCCAAAAUGCAACAGGAGGAAAGAAAAAUGAUGCUAGCUUCCAGGCAAAUAAAAUUCACACCCUCCGCUGAUACAAACAAAAAGUCCAGCUUUGUGAAGAAGUCGGCGCUUCUGACAUCUGGAAAGGACUUUCGCUUUGAAUUUGCCCUGCCCACCGCCGCCAGUACCAAUGAGAAUGUACCAGAGCCCGCCCAGGAGACAGCAUCGCAUCCACAGUCGUCUGAUUUGCCGUCGCUUCGCAGCAGCCUGCGGCAAGAGAGCACGGCGAGUCAAUUUAAAUUCAACUUUACCAUCGAGGAUGACCAUGCGAACGACAUUAACUUUAGCGGCCUAAGACUGAACGGCUGAUUGAAAUUUGAAUAAACUGAUUACCAAUAUGCCUGAGAGUA